AUGCCCGCUGACGACUUCAAUUACUCAAAGCUUUCUGAAGAGCUGGUUGACUUUGUGCAAUACUUGGCGCCAACGGCUACCGAAAAGCGAGAUCGCAGCUAUGCCUUUAACGAGAUCAAGAAGGUGAUCGAAAGGGAGAUUGACUCGAGUGAGGUGCAUGCGUUCGGAUCGUAUGAAACUGGACUUCUAUUACCUUCCAGUGACAUUGAUAUGCGCGUGGCAUUGGAGACCGAGCUUGAGCCAGCCCAAGUGAGACAACUGAUGCAUCGACUCACCAAGGACUUCAGGAGGUUAUCACGACGGGGCUUUUUUUAUCGUCAAGUCAUGUUCAUUCCUGCAAAGAUCCCCGUGAUACAGAUGGUUGUGCAGCCUUAUCGCAACGAACUUUCCGCCGACAUAUCCAUAGCGAACGACACGAUUAGCUCCACGCGCACAUUGCAAUGGAUGCGAGAACACAAAGCGCUCAAACCCAUCUACUUGUUCUUGAAAUUUGUCUUAUUACGCAUUCAACUUGCCGACGACCCCAACUAUUGUCUUAUAUCUGCAAAAACAUCAGGCUUAGCCGGAUACUCUUUAGUAUGCAUGAUUGUACAUUAUAUCAAGUACCAAGCUAAGGACAAUGCGAUGGAUCCCAAGGCGCCUGAUUACCUAGGACGUUUGUUGAUGGGGAUACUGGAGUUCUAUGGCAACUUUGAUUAUACCAAAAAAGGCCUACAAUUUGAUGAUACAGGAUUCUUUACCAAGCCCAAUAUAUCCGAAUGGAAGCAUCCUCAUAAAUUUAUCAUCCAUGAUCCAGAUCAACCGGAUGUGAAUGUGGCACGUUCUACCACCACCAUGGAUCGGAUACGAGCUGUACUUGAUUGGAUACGAAGGGCAUUAUUGGAUACACCUCAAAGUGCAGCAUCAAUGAUUGGCCCACUGGUAGCACCAUCAUGGCGAUUUGGAGCAAGGAAUCGAGAAGACAAAUACCGAAAUGACAAGAUUAUACUCACAGCACAAGACAUUGAAUUGAACAUCGCUCGCCCUGCAAAGAACUUUGGACAAAAGAGGAAGAGAGAAUCAUUUGAUAAUAAGGAGGAAGAAGGUUACCGUUCGUAUCGAGACAAUACCAACAACACAAAGAAGCCCAAACGAUGGAGACAAACACGAGAAACAAGAUCACCCCCUACUACUAGUAGCAACCAGAACAAUCAACCCAGAGUCAAAGAACGGUGGUCCAGGGAAUACAAAGCAAAAAGGAAACAACAAGAAAGACCCUCGAGAUACUACUUCCUUUUCUCUCCUCCUCCUCGUCAAGUACUUGUGAGUCUUUUUUUUUAA